CAUUCACUCGCUGUUCAUUCACUGGCUUGCCGGCAUUGCGAGACCGACGCCCGAGCCGAACGCGUCGUCUCACUUAUCGGCCUUUAUACCGAACGCGACCGUAACUAAAUCGCGCGCGAUUCCAAAUUCGAACAAUGCAUAGAGAUUUAUAGUUUUUUUUUUUACUUUUUUAAAAAAUGGGGGAACAGGCGUUUAACAUAUCGGAUGAGAAUCUGGAACAGCAUAUAAUUACUUUGUUUGAAAAGUUGGAGUGUUUACGAAAGGAUGCGAACUCAGGUGAUGGGGGUUUGUCGGGGCGAGUUCCGGCGCGGGUGGAAGUGCGGACGCUGUCGUUGUGGAAGGCCGUGGUGGCGGAGUGCGCGGCCUCGUUUCUGUAUGUGUUCAUCGUGUGCGGGGCUGCUGGCGGGGCGGGCGUGGGCGCAUCUGCCUCGGCCGUGCUGCUCGCCACCGCGCUCGCCUCCGGCUGUGCCAUCGCCACCCUCACGCUCUGCUUCGCUAACAUAUCUGGAGCGCACGUGAAUCCGGCGGUGUCCGCAGCGUUAUGCGUACGGCGGCGCGUGUCGCCGCUCCGGGCUGCGUUGUACGUCGCAGCACAAUGCGGCGGAGCUAUAGCGGGCGCAGCCGCUAUUUACGGGGUAAGCGUGCCAGGGUACGCGGGCGGUCUGUCAGCAUCGCUGCCGGGCGGCGGUGGCAUGACAGGCGCAGCCUGGGAGCGACUCGGCGCUGAGCUGGUGCUCUCAGCCCUGGUGGCGGCAGCACACUUCGCAGCCAUGGAACGGAGAUGGACUGGAUCUGCACCUGCGCUGCUUGGAGCUGCUUACUGCGCUGCUAGCUUUGUUUCUAUGCCAUCCCUGAAUCCGGCGCGGUCACUAGGCCCGUCAUUCGUGCUAUCUCGCUGGGAGAGCCACUGGGUAUGCUGGGUCGGCGGACUAGGCGGCGGCGUAGCUUCAGCGCUACUACACGAAUGGGGAGGCCGACGAGCUCGCACCGGUUCAUCACGUGCCUCAUCUCCACGAGACUUGGAUGAGCUCGACAAGCCGGCGUUCCCGACUCAUCAUCAUUACCGUCACGCGCCCACGUAUUGUGCCGCUGCGCCGCGCCCCGACACCGCUGAGCCGCUGUACUCUGGCACCAAGUCGCUAUACUGUCGCUCGCCGCCACCAGCUCGUCAUGGCUUGCACAGGUCUCAGUCGGUGUACAGCAAGGGCAGCUCUGCGACGAGCGGCGCGGCGAGCAGUGCGGCGGCGCCGGCGGGCGCGGGCGGACUGACGACGGCGGCAUCGCUGGUGCUGCGCCCGCCCGCGCACGCGCAUGCGCACCACGCCCUCGCGCACAACCAGAACGCGCACAACGCGCAGCGCGACCCGCCAUACGGCACUGCCAACGGAAUACGACCUGGACCUGCUGGAGCGGCAGUAAGCGAGCGACGCGAGUCAGUGUACAGCGGCAGCGUGGGCGGCGCAAGUGCCAGCGCAAGCGCCAGCAGCGCGGCGCGGCGCGACGACGCGUACGGCACGUACUCGCGCGCGCCGCAGUACCGCGCGCACGCGCCGCUCGCCGACCACUACUAGCGACGCGCCGAGCAGCACAACAUCGCGCUGCUCUUCGACGUCUGAGCUCCUCCAACGCUCAAGUGAUACUGAGCUCACUACAGUGCAAGCCUGCUAGAGACGGACUUCUUUACCUGAGACCUGAGUGCCUAGUGCGAGUUUUGCAAGUUAUUUUUUUCGAUGCGAAGAUUAUCAUACACCAUUUAAUCGCGUAGCACAAAUCUUAGAGUUGUUUAUUUAAUAAAUAAAGACUGUCAUCGGCACUUGGUUGCGCUCACUCUUGCGAGUAUAAACAUUUUAUCAACCGACAAAAUGAAUGAAGAUGUAAUAUCUAAAUCAUGUGACGUAGCAGAUGACUCUUUAUAUCAAUAAAGUUAUAAUUAAGUAUCGAGUGCGAAUGCUCUCAAAACUCGGAAUCAGCACUCCUUUCUCAUCCGGACAUAGAUAAGUUAUUCAAUAAAUAAAUAGGUGCGUGCUAAAAUGUACCUCGAUGACUAGAAAUAUAAUGUGCGACUAUUCAUACCGAAGUGUACUAAACUAAAUGUUACUUUAAUAGCAAUAUAAUCACGUGUAUGUUUAUAUUGCUAUUAAAGUAUUCGAUGUUCAUGUUGUUAAAUGUUCUUAAUCUUUCUAUUCAAUCUAAUAUUACCAAUUUAUGUAGCUAGUAACUUGUGUCUGUACCUUCUACAACAAAUGUAUAUACCGAAGUAACUCUAAGAUUGAAUAUCAGGUUACGUGAAAAACACUCAAUUCUAGAAAUACUAACUACUAAAUAAUUCCGUAUAUGUGUAGAUCCUUCUUACAAUAAAGUGAGCAAAAUCAUACGAAAAGCACAUGGGUACUUUAACUACCCAAGAAAAAUUGCAUAUAUAAAUUCUUGGCAGCCUACAUUUAAAGGUAGGCUUUUAAAUGAUAUAAAAUAUAUAUGUAAAAGGAACACUUGUUUGGCUAAGCGGACCAAAUCAUUGCCAAAUAUGAGUUAGUUUUUAACAAAGUCUUUCAUUAUUAAUAAUAAAUAGGUAUAAAGUGCCAUAAAUACUAACAUUUUACUUCCAUUUCCACGUUGUUGUAAAAGUACUAUUAACUAGUAAUGUUAAAAGACUUAAUAGCUUACUUAAGGAUCGUAUAUUUAGAUGUAAAUAUUUAACUGUAUAAAUAGAUAAAUUUCAAAUAAUAUUGCCAAAAGGAAGAGACAUUUAUCUUGUAAGAGUAACGGGUUUUAUUCAUUGUAAAAUAUUUUCUAAUAUAAACCCAUGUAUUGUAACAUGUUUCUGAAGAUAAUAUAGUUGUAAGAUGUUUUAUUAGGUUCUGGUUUCGUAGAAUUAAAUGUGAGCGCCGCGCGAACUUGGCGGCCUCACUUCCGUGCGCCUAGACCGAUCAAACUCCAUGAACGACACACUUUAUUGUAAAAUUUAUAAAAUACACUUUACUAAAUAUUGUACUAAAAUUGAAUACAUUUAUUACUACUGCGUAAUACAGGUCUACUGAAAAUUUUGUAAAUAAUUUUGAAAUAAAUUCACUUGAAGUUA